UUGAAUAAUCAGGUGUUGAAUAGGAUAGGGGGUUCAUAUCUGACCAUUCUUCCUUGAGAUUUAUUUACUUCUUUUAAUGCUUAUUGUAUUACUGUUGAGAUAAUCCUGAUCUUCCUUUUAAUGUAGCUUGUUGUUUUUCUGCUAGAAAGAAUUCUGUAUUACUUACAUGGUUAACAGAAAGAUCUCAGAUAAACAAGAGCCACAAAAAGCAAGCUUAAGUUUUAGCCAGAUUAUAUGACUUUAGGUUUAACGCUCUCACUUUAAAUUUCCUUAUGUUUACAAUGUUACUAUUGUAGUAUAUAAAAAUGUAAUAUAUGAAAACGACUUCAGCAAGUUCCUAGGCCAGGAUGAGGAUCAAUACAUUAACUUCAUUCAGACUUCUCUUCCUGCAUUUUUUCUUUCUUCCUCUCCUGCUUUAUUUCACUUCUUCCCUCUUACUGGGUUACUUGCAAAUUUUUAUAUGUAUGCAUUGGUAUUUACAGACCUGUUAUUUUAAAGAAAUUAUUUUUAAUUUUUUAAAAAAAUUCUUACAGGUAAAAGAGAAACAGUAAAAUGGAAUGGAAAAACCAAACCGUUCUGGUGGAAUUUAUUCUGAAGGGGCUUUCUGGUUACCCAAGGCUUGAGCUUCUUUUCUUUGUGCUCAUUUUAAUAAUGUAUGUAGUUAUCCUUCUGGGCAAUGGCACCCUCAUUACAAUCAGCAUUCUGGACUCUCACCUGCACACUCCUAUGUACUUCUUUCUAGGGAACCUCUCCUUCUUGGAUAUUUGCUACACGACCACUUCUAUUCCUUCUACACUGGUGAGUUUCCUCUCCCAGAAAAAGACCAUUUCCUUUCCUGGUUGCACACUGCAGAUGUUUCUUGGCUUGGCCAUGGGAACCACAGAAUGUGUGCUCCUGGGAAUGAUGGCUUUUGACCGCUAUGUGGCCAUCUGCAAUCCUCUGAGAUAUCCCAUUAUCAUGAGCAAGUUUUCCUACAUUCCCAUGGGAGCUGGGUCCUGGUUUGCAGGGUUUGUCAAUUCUGCAGUGCAAACUGCAUUGGUGGUCCAAUUGCCUUUCUGCAGAAAUAAUGUCAUCGAUCAUUUUCUUUGUGAAAUUCUGGCUGUCAUGAAGAUGGCUUGUGUUGACAUUUCAGACAAUGAAUUUAUCAUGCUUAUGGCCACGACAUUAUUUACUUUGAUGCCUCUGCUUUUGAUUGCCAUUUCUUACUCAUUAAUUAUUUACAGCAUCCUCAAGAUAAGCUCUUCUGAGGGGAGAAGCAAAGCCUUCUCUACCUGCUCAGCCCAUCUCACAGUGGUGAUAAUUUUCUACGGGACUAUCCUCUUCAUGUACAUGUAACCCAAGUCUAAAGACAUACUUGAUUCAGACAACUUGAACGCUACUGACAAACUUGUAUCCAUGUUCUAUGGGGUGAUGACUCCCAUGAUGAAUCCUUUAAUCUACAGUCUCAGAAACAAAGAUGUGAAGGAGGCUCUUAAAAACCUACUGAAUAAGAGGUUCUUUAGCUAAUGAUUAGAAAAGGUACUGGAUUGUGAACAAAUUGGACGCUGUCAAAAUAUGAGAAUUAUGUUGGAAUUUUGGCUUUCUUUGCCUUUUCAUGAGUUAUGUUACCACUUUUAUAAUGCUAGAUGCCAUUUAAGUAUUGUUACAUGUUCAUGAAGAAUUUUCAAGAUAAAGGCAUUGGGAUAAGAAAAAAUAAGGCAACAUAAUAGGGAGAGAUGAACACUUUCUAACAUUUUGAACAGAAUCUUCGUUUCCUGUUUUUUGCAGUAUUGGAGUUGAGCAUUAUGUACCUUUUUAUGUUGACUUUUUUGCAUGCAUAACAUUAUUUCAUAGGCCACAACUCAUUAUAUCUUUCAAAAUACAAAAUGCUUUCAGUUAUGGAAAUAAAAGCAAAACAGAACAAAACCUA